AUGUUGCUGUGGCAACCAGCAAUCAAUACGUUUCUCUCUUUGUUUCCUUCAGAUGGAGAGACCAGGCUUGAAAUCAGGGAGACUGCUUCAGAGCUGAGCAUUUCUGUGGGCAAAUCACAAUGGCCAAGAUUCAUGAAUGAUGGUCACUGGGACGUCAUUUUGAGAGAUAUCUGUGAAUCUAAUAUCAAGAUGGAGGAAAAACAGAAGAGUCACUCUGAAUUUGAUAAAGACGGAAAGAGUUUCAGCCGACGUCCCCUCCUAAUUCACUGUGAGAGAAGGACCUCAGGGAAUGGCUGUUCACAGGAUCAUAAAUAUAGGGAACGCUUUACUGAACAGGUGGGGCUUGUUGAGUCUCAUGAGAAGCCUCCAGUAGUGCAAACUCAUCAAUGCAAUCAACGUGAGAUGACCUUCAGCUUGAGUUCAGAGCUAAUUAGACACCAGAAAAGUCAUACCAGAGAAAUGCUUUAUACGUGUAAUGAAGGUGAGAAGGCCUUCAGUCAUAAUUCAAAGCUCACUGACCAUCAGAAAAUUCCAAAUGGAAAGAAACAUUAUGGCUGUAGUGAACGUGGUACAUCCUUUAAGCAACAGUUAUCGCUCAUUCACCAUCAGCAAUUCCAUACUAGUGAAAAGCUACAUAAAUGUAUGCACUGUGGACAGGCCUUCCGGCGACAGUCAUCCCUUGUUUCCCAUCAGAGAAUUCAUACUAGUAAGAAAUCUCAUGAGUGUCAUGAAUGUGAUCAAGCUUUCAGUGAAAACUCCUCUUGUAUUGUACAUCAGAGAAGAGACACUGCAGAGAAACCUUAUGAAUGUAACCAGUGUGGAAAGACUUUCAGACAGAGGUCCAGUCUUGCUGAACACCAGAGAAUCCACACUGGAGAGAAACCUUAUCCUUGUCAUCAAUGUGGAAAGUCUUUUAGAUGCAAUUCUAGUCUUGUUCAACAUCAGAGAAUCCACACUGGAGAGAAACCUUAUGAAUGUAAUCAGUGUGGAAAGACUUUCCGAUGCAACUCUAAACUUACUCUGCAUCAGAGAAUCCACACUGGAGAGAAACCUUAUUACUGUAGUCAAUGUGGAAAGAGUUUCAGACAGAGCUCUAGUCUUGCUGAACAUCAGAGAAUCCACACUGGGGAGAAACCUUAUGAAUGUAACCAAUGUGAAAAGACCUUCACACAGAGUUCCAGUCUGUCUCUACAUCAGAGAAUCCACACUGGAGAGAAACCUCACAAAUGUAAUCAGUGUGGGAAAACUUUCACAAACACAUCCAAUCUUGCUGAACAUCAGAGAAUCCACACUGGAGAGAAACCUUAUGGAUGUAAUCAAUGUGGGAAAAGUUUCAGACAGAGCUCCAGUCUUGUUGAACAUCAGAGAAUCCACACUGGAGAAAAACCUUAUAAAUGUAAUCAAUGUGGAAAAAGUUUCAGACAGAGCUCCAGUCUUGCUGAACAUCAGAGAAUCCACACUGGAGAAAAACCUUAUAAAUGCAGUCAGUGUGGAAAGACUUUCAGGCACAGCUCUAGUCUUGCCAAUCAUCAGAGAAUCCACACUGGAGAGAAGCCUUAUGAAUGUAAUCAGUGUGGAAAGGCUUUCACACAGAGUUCCAAUCUUGCAUUACAUCAGAAAAUCCACACUGGAGAGAAACUUUAUGAAUGUAAUCAGUGCAGAAAGAGUUUCACAAAUACAUCCAAACUUGCUCUACAUGAGAGAAUCCACACUGGAGAGAAACCUUAUGAUUGUAAUCAAUGUGGAAAGACUUUCAGAUGUAGAUCCAGUCUUGGUAAGCACCAGAGAAUCCACACUGGAGAGAGACCUUAUGAAUGUAAUCAAUGUGAAAAGACUUUCAGAUGCAGUUCUGGUCUUGCCAAACAUCAGAGAAUCCACACUGGAGAGAAACCUUAUGAAUGUAAUCAGUGUGGAAAGAGUUUCAGACAGAGCUCCAAUCUUGCUGAACAUAAGAGAAUCCACACUGGAGAAAAACCUUAUGAAUGUAAUCAGUGUGGAAAGGCUUUCAGAUUCAACUCCAAACUUAGUCUCCAUCAAAGAAUCCACACUGGAGAGAAACCUCAUGAGUGUCACGAAUGUGGCAAAGCCUUCAGGGAGCGUUCAUCUCUUAUUGUACAUCAGACAAUCCAUACUGGAGAAAAACCUUAUGAAUGUCAUCAAUGUGGUAAAACCUUCCGGCAGCCAUCAUCUCUUAUUUCCCAUAGAAGAAUUCAUAAUAGAUAGAAAUCCUAUUACUAUAAUGAAUGAGAAAAAGCCUUCAAAUAGAGUAUAGAGCUUGUUAGAUAUCAGAAAAUUUAUUCUGGGGACAAACUGAAUUUGGACUCAAUGUGGGAAGACCUUUAGUCAGAGAUCACUUCUUAUCUUACAUCGGAGGAUUCAUAGUGGAGAGAAACCUCAAUGGGGACAUACCUUUUGCUGGAAGAUGGAGAUCCCUAGACACCAGAAUAUUCACACUGGAAAGAAGGGUUAUAAAAGCAAUGAUUGUAGGAAAGCCUUGAAGGGGAGCCUGUAAUCUUGUAAAGCUUGUAAAGGGGAUCUGUACAUUGGAGGAAUUAUGUUGGAGAUAAAACUUUUGAAUCUAAUUAACGAGGGGAGACCUUUUGCUCCGGCACAGACUUAAACAUCCCAGAUUUCAUAGAGACUUCAUAACCCUAAAUGCACACAUAAAAUCCUUCAAAUGUAAUGAAUUUUCUCUGAAAUACUAUUGUUUUUCAGUUCUCUGUAGUAUCCAAUAACAUUAAUACCCUAUAACAGUUAUGGCGUAACUCCACCAGCCAUUUCCCAGUUGAUUCAUACUCACUUGUUUCCUGUUUUUUGUUGACACAAAAAAUUCUGGUAUAAAUAUUUUGGUAACUGUUAGACAUGUAUUUAUGUAGUGAUUUCUUUAGUCUAGUAUGUGGCACAAUUGAUAGAGUGCUGACCCUGGAACCAAAAGACCUGAAUUCAAAUUCAGUCUGACACUUCGUAGCUAUGUGACUUUGGGCAAAUCCCUCAAACUAUUACUGCCUCAGUUUUCCUCAUCUACUGUAGGAUGUGUGUACUAAUAAUAUCCAUCUCUGAGGCUUGAUGUGAGGAUCAAAUUUGAUUGUAUCUCUAAAUUGCUUUGCAAGCAUUAAAUCACUAUUUAAGUGCUAAUUAUCCUAAU